UACAUAAUUAGGUCAAACUUGUAAAAGAAAGUUCAAUGCACUAGUUUCAAAUUAUACGUUAUAGCAUAAAUAUAGCAUAUACUUACAAGAAAUUAUAAAAUAAAUAAUACCGUAAACGUACAAUACUCGUAGCAUAUGCGUAAAAUAAGUUAAAAAAAAAUUAAAAAUGAUUGUUAAACUAUCUAUCUUGGUUUUGUGUUCAGUUUUAGGAUUAAAUUCUUUAUCUACAACACUAAAUCCUGUUGAUUUAACUGAAGCAAUUUCGGACACUUCAGCAAAUGAUCUAGCAGACAAUUUAAACUCAAUUCCAUCAAAACAGGAACCUACACCUGUUGCACCGCCAUGUCCACAAAGUCUUUGCAAUAGAAUGAAUAAUGGCAAAUACGAAAUAGUUGGCUAUCCUCACGAUUUUGUUCAAUGUUCUAAUGGGGUAGCUUUUUGUCAAUCAUGCUGGCCUCAAAGUUUAUUUUUUAGUCAAGCUUGUAACCAGUGUUUAUACAAAAAAGAAGACUCUUGUUACACAAAAAAAGCGUGGAAACCUCAGUCUACUUACCCAUGUCCAGAUGCCUGCCCAAGUAAAGGACCUAACUUUUCAGGAAAUAUUGCCGACAACGUUUCAAACGGAGGCGCUGGAAAUCCGUAUCAAUACAUUGGUUGCUGGAAAGGCGUUACUCAAGGGUGCGUUGUUUGCCCAGCAGGUUUAAAGUUUAACGAACAAUCAAACGCUUGUUUGUUUGAUGGAAUCUAUCAAACUAAACCUAAUUAAAGUUCUAUUGUAUUUUAUAGCAUUUAAACUGUAGGUGCCAUACGACCAAUUAGACUUUGUAAAUGUAUAAAAUGUUUUUAAAUUAGAAUUUCAAUUAAACUUUUUUCGAAUA